AUGUCUACUACCGCGGUACCCGGCAGUGAUAAGAAGCCCAACACCUGGCAGGGGGCUGGUGCUGCCGAGUUUGACCUCAGAAGUGACACGAUGACGAAGCCUACCGCAUCCAUGCUUGAAGCCAUCUGCCAAACGACGCUCCUCGAUGAUGUCUUCAAUGAAGACACAGUCACCAAUGACUUGCAAAGCUACGUCGCCCAGAUUACAGGACACGAGUCGAGUCUGUUGGUUAUGUCGGGGACAAUGGGAAACCAGGUGGCCAUUCGCUCUCAUCUCGCGCAACCUCCUCAUUCGGUGCUGUGUGAUCAUCGAUCUCACAUCAUUUGUUAUGAAGCUGGUGGUGUAAGCGCAUGGACUGGUGCUACAAUGCAGACGGUUAUACCCAAGAACGGGGUUCAUUUGACCUUGGAGGACAUACAGAAGCAUGCUGUGCUCGACGAUAACAUCCAUUAUUGUCCCACCAAACUGAUCAGCUUGGAGAACACACUUGAUGGAAUGAUCAUGCCCUUGAGCGAGGCAUGUCGCAUCGUUGAGUGGGCUCAUGCUAAUGACAUCAAGGUCCAUCUGGAUGGUGCUCGGCUGUGGGAGGCUGUUGUGGCCGGUGCGGGCAGUCUACCCGAAUACGCCAGUCUGUUUGACAGCGUCAGUCUUUGUUUCUCUAAGGGUCUAGGUGCGCCUAUUGGAAGUAUUAUUGUCGGUUCUCAAGACUUUAUUAAGAAAGCCCGUUGGUUCCGCAAGUCUAUUGGUGGCGGUGCUCGCCAGACGGGUGUAAUUGCCGCUGCCGCCCGAAUCGCCCUGGAUGAAACAUUUGGCACUGACCCUCAAGGCCAGACUGGAAAGCUUGCAGCUACCCAUGCGAAGGCAAAGCAGGUGGCCGAUAUGUGGACCAGUCGCGGAGGCAAGCUGGAGUAUCCUCUGCACACCAACAUGGUUUGGUUGGAUCUCGAGGCGUCUGGAGUGGGCCCAAAUGACAUGGCACAAAUUGGACAAGAACAAGGACUGAGAUUGAUGGGCGGCCGGGUGGUUGUCCAUUAUCAAACCUCCGACGAAGCGCUUGCACGACUUGAGCGAGUCUUCAACACUGCGCUCAAAGGAGAUUACAGGCGUAAUGAGGAUACGAGCAAGCCAUAUGGAACUAAAUAA